AUGAGUAGAACCUGCAUAUUGGAUGCAAAUUCACCAACUAGUUUUCUCUGUGUUAGUGUGUUAAGGAAUAUAGAUGCAAGAAGCGUUCCUGGAAUUCCAUGGCUCAUUAAUACACAGAAGCUUCUUCAGUGGGCAAAUGAAGUCAGACUUGACCCAAAUAAUCCAGAAUAUUCUGAUUUAAUGGAAGCUAUUAUGUACAUAAAACACAAAGAGCAAGAUAUGCCUAAGUAUUUUCAUCUUGAACAGUUGCAAGAUGAAUUUAACUUUAUUUCUGAAGAGGAAAUGAAAAAGAGUAAACGUUUCCAGCUAUUGCAACUUAGAAAUGCAGGUCAAUUAGAUGUUUUCCCACUGCAGCAAAUACCCCUCUAUGACAGAGAGAUUCCAGAUUUACUCUUCCAGGAAUGUGAAAAUCAGAUAGAGAAAGAUAUGUCCAUUUCAGAUGUGAAUUCUAUUAUUGCACAAAGGAUUAAUUCUGCCAAUAUUCUGAAAAAGAGGAGAAGGUUGAUCAUGAAAAGAAUUGUCAAAAUUAGCAAAUUUAACUUAUCAGAUAUCGUGGCUGAUUAUGAAGAACUUGUCUCUGCAAGAGCCUUGGAUAUGUCUCCUCAUUUGGUAUCAUCCAUAUCUCGCCUCAGACAUGAAGAAUCAAUCAAAUUGGGAGACUCAGACGAGAUCUUAAAUGAGGCUACUGUACACCCUUUUGUGGAAGUUUCCUUUCAACACACUGUGUACCAGACCAGUACUGCAAGUGGAUCUCAUCCAUGCUGGAAUGAGGAAAUUAAAGUAGAUUUGAGAAUCGGUUAUAUUGAUAUAUUCUUUCAGAUUAGUGGAACAUUUCAAGUAAAUAUUCCACCAGUUUUGCUGGGGUAUACUUGGAGCAAGACUUACAUGUCUCCCAAAGAAGAUUAUAAUGGGCAGAAUUUAAAAGAUUGCACCUUCUUAAAUAUUUUUGCUACCAUUGAACCUCAAAUAUCAUAUGUUACCUGUAAUCCAGGACUAGACAAGUUUUCAGAUCAAAUUGAUGUUUUGGAGAGAGCCCAGAUUUUUAAAAAAAAUUGUAAGGCAGUAUUUCCCAACCGAAGAAUCACAACUACUGUGUUUAAUGAUGAAGGGAUACAGAUCUUAGUAACAAGAUAUAUAAAGGCAUUAAAUCCACCUCAACAACUCCUGGAUCUAUUUCUUCAUGAUUCUAAUGCAACACUUGAACUCCUUGCUCACUUUGUAUCUUUGAUUCCUCUUAUGCCUGAGACACUGGAUGAAAAUGAUGAUUUUGAUAUAUGGAUGACAUCAGAGGGGCAUGUGGCCUAUGUAUUAACUCAAGAAACUGAUGAAUAUGUGCUUUGGAAUCCAUUAACUGGGCAAUGUCAUAAGCAGUUUGACACAUUUUGUCCUUUACAAAGUGUAGACUGUUUGUUUGAUGAUGGAAAUGUCUGGUUUAAUAUUCAACAAAACAAUACACCAAUGGCUGUACAUUUUGACUAUUCAAAGGAAGGUUUCUGGAAACAGAUGCUUCCAAAAAAUUUUCAAGGGACACAAGCACAAAGCAUACAGCCUGAAGAAAUCAUUUAUUCUGAUACUAACAAAAGCAUGGUAGAAGAUCUAAAGAACAGGAUUGAAAGGACUCUGAAAUGUAAAAUUAUGGAAUGGCGAUCUAAGCAGCCGACACGUUGGAAUCGACAGUGUACUUUUAUUUUGCGACAACUUCUUCCUAAGCUAGAACUUGGCACUGGAAGCUUUGUUUUAUCUGAAGCAGAGAAUGAAUUUGAAAGACUGCAACAAUUUUAUUGGGUUGCAGGAUUUCCUAUUCAGAUGCCAUACACUGAUGUACAGUCAGUUAUCGAUGCCGUGUAUCAAACUGGAAUUCAUACUUCUGAAUUUCCCCAGACAGAAUUCGCUCUAGCUGUGUACAUUCACCCAUACCCAAACAACGUAUUAUCUGUGUGGGUUUAUUUGGCUUCCUUAGCUCGACAACAGUGAAAGGAAGAAGGGGAAAGGAAAAGAUUGCACUAUGGGUCCCCAGACAAGAAACAACCAGAGUUUUUCUGGUGCUUUGGGAUUUUGCUGCUUAUCCUCAAGUCCAGCCAAGAGUGAGCCAAGUUUCUGGUUCACUCACUCCUUGAGUCUUUGAGGAUGAAUGUAGAUGACCUUCUUACCAGAGACCUUUUCAAGGAGGACCCUUCAGGAAGCCUAGCCGCCUCGGGUCACUGUCUACACUAGGUCUUGUUCUGAGAAAGAAUCAAUUCUGGCCUCUCCCUCUAAAGCCAGUGUUACUCAAAUUGUGUGCCUUGUGCCACCUCCAUCAAAAUCACCUGGAGAGCCCUGCUGAAAAUGCAGUUUCCCACAACCCAAGACCCACUGAUUCAGAAACUCUGGGAUGGAGCUCCAGAACCCACUGUAUUUAAACAAGCUCUCCAAGUAAUUCUGAUGACCUGCUAAGGAUGAGAACCCUGCCUUAUGCUGUAAUUACUAAAGUGAGGCUGGUAUGUUUGAUGCUGGUUCUGACACAAUUCCAGACAGAAUUUAUUCAAAUCGAAACCCUAAGGUCAUUGCCUUUCAUAAGAUAAAAGAGAAUUUCACUGGUUAAAAACAAUAGGAAAAUCUGCUAUGUUGGGUUGAGGGCUGAGUUCACCUUCUAGGGGCUUCUCAAAAGUUUUUACUUGGGGUGCUACUGACGUGAAGUCCUUUCAGCUCCAAGUGUUUGAUUUGUAGGGGACUCCCAGGAAACUCUAAUAUGCUUUCCUGAUUCUGUUGUGAGAGAGGGAGAAGAUGGUCUUACCAAAUUUCAGGGCUCCUUUUUCCCUUAGUGAACAGCUCCCUGUUCUGCCUCUGGCACUUUCCUGCUGCUUUCCUUUCCCGGUGGUGGCCCCAUGGAGGCCCCUUCUAGAUUCUAGGAGCCCCUCAAGAAAAAGUGGACAGAGAUCUAAGUAGGAAGCACUGUACUUGAAUUUUUUUAUUGUUCUGUGCUUCAUUGAGAAAACUAUUUAUACAGUUUACUUAAAUAUAACAACUUAUUUUUUAAAAAUUAAAGGAUACAUAUUUCCAAAACUUGAUGAGAGUAGUUUUUAUAUAAGGUAAAGGUAAGAGAAAGAAAAUUCACCUCUCACAUUGCAAGAGCACAGGGGAUUCUUGGGUCACUCCCACAAGCAGAGAGCAAUGUCCUCAAAUUCAUCCUCAAAGACCCCUCAAUCUCCCCACAAUGCCUGCAUAGGCUGGUGGCAGAGAAGAACUUAUUUAUUUGCAGUGAUGUUGCUCUUGGACCAAACUUGAGAUUACUAGAAAAGUAAAAAAGUAGGGAUGUGGGUGAAGAGAAUGUUUUUUUCUCCAAGGUUAAAACCUAAUUGUUUGUGUCUUCUGGAAUGCAUAAGAAAACUAAUCGAAAUUUUUGUUUUUAUUUCAAUGCUUGUGUUUAAAUGAUAUAUGAAGUUUUGUUAUUAACAAGCCUCCCACAUUUAUUGGGGUAGCACAAAAUGAUAUCUAUGGAAAGACGAGGUCACCAAAGAAAUGGAUGCAUUUAUGCAGUUCAUUUAUGUGGCACUCUUGAGUGUUUACAUAGCUAUUUUUUAGUUUUUUAUGGUUAUAGAAUUAAUAGGCCACUUAAGAGCAUGGUAGUACGUGU